AUGGGAAGCAGAAAAAAGCGGGGCAAAGGUCGAGCACUUAAUCCAGCUCGUGAAUUGAUCCUUCCAAAAGCCCCCGGGCCCCUGCAAACUCCCUCGGCACCAGCCUCUCUUGGCCUCGGGCCAACUUCCAACGUCAACAAGUCCCUCAACCCAGCCGCUUACGAGAAGCUCAAGAGCGUGACGCUGGUUAAGUUCACACUAGAGGAAAAGAUCCCCGGCAGGAAUGCACGGUGUUCCGAGCCAGGACGAGUACGCAAAUGGCACCCGGCAGGCGUGUAUGGGAGGCUGGUGGGAAGCAACGUGCAGCUGACGCGCGCGAAGGCCAUGGUCAUGAUGGGCACGCGUGCGAUCCUGGAGAGCUACAGGAACAUGGAACUUGAGCUGGCAGGGGUGGAUAUUCAGUUUCAAGAGCUACGGAGCCCCAACCUGACGAAGCUGGUUGUGUCUCAUGCAAAAGGGGAUACUCUAGUGACGAUCAUUGCCCCUAGGCUGCAAGUCUUUGCGCUCAAGGCGAGUCCUUUUUUCCGUUUUCAAACGACCCCAGCGGAGGCCCCCGAGCUUUGCUCCCUCACCCUUGUUGAUUGGCAAGCGAUCAACCUUGAGUACUACGUGAAGCAGUUUAAGAAGGUUCAGAAAGUCGCCCUUGGGCAGGAAGCAGUAGGAGGAGGGUACUUGGAUCCGCAGAGUGUGACAUCUUUGCUAGAGAGUUUGUCAGGCACCCAAGUGAUCCGUUUGUAG